AUGAAUGAGGUUCCUCAGCAGAUCUCUUUAAUUGCGGCUAAACUUGGAGAUAAUGUGACUCUGACAUGUGCGCUAUCUGGAAGUCAACAAGGGUUGUUUUACUGGUAUAAGCUGAAUCCUGGAUAUAUGAUUCAAACAGUUGCUGAAGGAAGUUUUGACAAAAUAUUAUUUUCUAUUAACAAGUCAAAAUUCAGUGCCACAAAAGUGGGCAAUGUGCAUUCUCUUAUCAUAAGAAAUGUAAGCAAGGAAGAUGAAGCAACAUACUUCUGUCAAGCAGGAUCAUCAUUCAGUGUUAACUUUAUCAACGGGACAAUUUUGGCAGUGAAUGAUCCUAAAACCCAGCAUAAAUUUUUCACAGUAAAACAAACUCCAGAUGUGAAUUCAGUCCAUCUGGGUGAUACAAUGACUCUGCAGUGUUCGUUCCUCUUUGAGAACAAAAAUGACACAGAUCAGUGUCCAGAUGAAGACAAAGUGCACUGGUUUAAAGGUGCAUCAGAAUCCCAUCCAGGCAUCAUUUACCACGGCAGUAUCAGAAAAAAAGAGGACGGGAGAUGUGACUACAGUCUGUCCAAAACUAUAACAAACUCAUCUGAUGUUGGGACGUACUACUGUGCUGUGGUGACGUGUGGAGAGAUCCUGUUUGGUGAAGGAACAAAAGUAGACAUAAGACAGAAGUGGGACCCAGUUGUCAUCAUGCUUGGGAUGCUGUUGGCUCUCUGUGUGAUCGUGAUCGCAGUUCUUAUUUUAUCCAGAGACUGA